UUUCUCUUAAGGUUUAUCUAUGGAGUUAUGCAUAUACUUACCAAAGCUGCUUUUAACGAAGGUACAAGUACAUACGUUCUUAAUUUCUACAGGCAUGCAAUAGCCACAAUGUUCUUACUGCCCAUUGCUUUUGCGAUUGAAAGGUAUGCAGAAUUUUGGCUUCUUAGUUACCUAGAUCUGGAUGCCAUCUAGGAAGCAUGCACUGAGAUUUAUUUUGCAGGAAAACUGCCCCACAAAUGUCAUACAAAGUCUGUCUGAAGCUAUUUGUGCAUGCAUUAUAUGGGAUGUCUGCUCCUUUUAACAUAUCAUGUGUUGGCCUCAAAUAUGCUUCAGCAGCUUCUGCUUCUGCAGUAAUCAAUCUCCUGCCAGUUUUAACUUUUAUUUUGGCUCUUCUGUUGGGAAUGGAGUCUUUGCAAAUAAAGCGCUUCCAUGGGAUUAUGAAAGUUUCUGGUAUAGUUCUUUGUGCGGCUGGUGUUACUGUACUAACGUUAUACCAAGGACCAGAGCUCAAAUCUGUUGUCCAUUACCAUCUUUUUCACCACGCGAGUCAAGUUGAUACUCAUCCCUCAAGGAGCUGGAUAUUGGGAAUUCUCCUGCAGUCUCUUGCGACUGUAUUGUUUGCUCUUUGGACAGUGUUUCAGGGCCCAUUGCUGGAGGAGUAUCCAUCCAUACUGCUUAACACUAGCCUUCAGCUUGUCUUUGCGACUGUUCAAUCUUUUUUUAUGGCUCUAGUGAUGGAGAGAGACUUUUCAAGAUGGAAGCUGAGCUUGGAUGUAGGGCUUGUCGCUAUCGUCUAUUGUGGUGUAUUUGUUUCCGCAUUGGUAAAUUACCUGCAAAUCUGGGUAAUCGGCAGGUGCGGCCCAGUAUUCCUGUCCAUGACAGUGCCCCUAACUUUGGUUAUCACGGUCAUUCUGUCACUACUCAUAGGAGAACCGGUCAGCCUUGGAAGUGUAAUUAGUGGAGCGCUGAUGGUUGGUGGUCUGUACAAUGUUCUCUGGGGGAAGAGUAUAGAGCAAGUAGCUCUCUGCAAGCAAGGAGGUAGCAGAGAAAACGGAUCAUGCUUCGAUUUGGAGGAACAAGAAAGCGGUGCACCAGUUCCAGCAGCGCAUGAUUCAAUCAAGCCAGUGCCUGAUUCGAAAGAGAGGACUGAUGCACCCAAAUGACACAGUGAGCAGCAAACGUUGUUAGGUGCAGAAGCUUUUGCCUUGGAUCUGCCCACCAAAAGCAGCAAACGUUCUUAAUAUUCACAUAUCUGUAAUACUCCCUCCAUUUUUAUUUACUCCGCACAUUAGCUUUGACCAAAGUCAAAUUUUAUAAGGUUUGACCAAGUUUAUAGAAAAUAAAAACUUUCAUAAUAAUAAAUAUAUAUAUAUUAAAUGUUAAUUCUAAUGGUCCCUCUCUCUCAGUUUACUGGGCGUGCGCGUACCCCUGGGUCGUCAAUUUGACCAACCUAAUACAAGUCAUAUAUUACAAAAAAUAUACCAAUAUAAACUUCAGAUAUUUUAUUUUCAAACGGUAUAAUUUUUGUGUUAUGUAGUUUAUAUUAGAGUGAUAAAAUUGGCAACCUAGGUAUACAUGCAGGACUUGUAAACUGAAACAGAGGGAGUAUUGAUUUGGUAUUGUGGAUUAAUAACUGUUUGUAUAAAUUUGAUCAAAGUUCACAAAGUUUGACUUGAGACAAAGCUAA